UUUUAUUAUAUGAACCUUUUGAAUACAACAGUAGACACUAAACUUGGAACAAUAGCUGAAAUUAACGGCAAUCUAAUCCAUGUAGAAAAUGAAUCGAAAAGUAAGUAAACCACCACAAACCUUCUUGCUUAACUGUGCUAGAUUUCCUAUGAUUGCAGCUACACCUCUUUAUAAACAAGGCAAACGCAUUUAUGACUAUAUCUAUUCGACUUAUUUAAAGCCAUCCGAUGCUAUCCUAGAACACCCUAAAUUCAAUUCAAACAAAGAUACAGUCGUAUACAUGGCUUGGCACCCACACCAGGACAUACUUGCUAUAGUUGAUAAACAUGACGAUGUCUACAUUUAUGAAAAGCAUGAUACUGUCUGGACAUGUCAAGUAUUAAGAGACAUUCAAAUGAAAGACGUAACAGCAUUAGAAUGGAAGCAUAGAUCAGCAGGCACCUUGGCUGUUGGAUGUAAGCAAGGUGUAUGUGUCUGGACAAUACCAAGAGUAGCCACAGAUCAAGAACCUCAAUUCCAUCCCUCAGCUUCUAUGGUCUAUUUUCAUCUCUUGGCUGUUGGUUCCGCUGUCUCGAAUGCACUUGUGAUUUAUGAUAUGUUGCUCAAGAGAACACACGUAUUAAAGAGAUAUGGUCAUGGUUGUAUUAUGUUGCGAUGGAGUCCUAAUGGUGAAUGGUUAUUUGAAGGCGGUUCGAUUGGUACAUCCCGUAUGUGGGACACAAAACACUGGGAAUCAAAGGUGAUCAGUAAUCCUCCUGGUUUGUGGGUUCAAGCUGCUUGUUGGGCACCCGAUAAUCGUUCCUUGGUUUUUUCAAUGUAUGGCAAAUCUGAUCUUCAUGUGUUAUUCAUGAGUGGUAAGCAGAUCCAUAGUGUUGUGGAUCAUCCAUUGGCUUCUUUGCCAAGAGCAGAUCAAGCUGGUGGUGUGAUUCGCGAUAUUAGUCUGGAUGGCUCCAGAUUGGCUAUUGCUUUUGAAAAUACACCAUUGAUUGCCUUGUAUUCACUUAAACAAGACUCACCUCUUAAUUUGAAUACAGAGCCUAUUCUUUUCCCUAUGUAAGUCAGAAUGAGAUCGUAUUCGUCUCAUUUAUUCGUUUAUUCUAGUGGCUAUGUUCAUGGAUCAAGCGUAUGUAUGGACAACACUGCAAUGUCUGUUACUGCUAUAGAUAGUCAACCACUUGGUAUCUCAUUUUGCAAGAACCAUAAACAAGGCUCAGUCAUGGCUAUCUUAUGGAAGCAUGGACUAGUGACAUUUGUGACUCACAAGUACCUCACAAAUGAAGAAGUGCGAAAAAGA